AAAAGGAAAAAAAGACAUAAUAGCUCCGGAUGUUCCUCUUUACACGAUCCGUUUGCUGUCUGUUUCAUUAAAUUUGAAAUCUCCCUUCUGGAUUGUUAUGUGCAUUGUAUGUUAUAGGAGAUCCUGUUCCUAUAGUACCUGGGGUUGAGCUUUAGCAUGCACUGAGUUCAGUGGUGGAAGGAAGGAGAUACAGAAGUAUUUAGCUACCUAGCUGCCAAUUUCUAACAAAAACUUGAAAUUUGGCAGGUAGCUAGACAACUGGUAGUUGCAACAGAGCGCUGUAAAAACGCGCCCCCACAACCAGGAAAAAUCCCCUAAAUACGCUUUGUAUUUAGCGAUCCAUUAUACCUUAACAUCCACCCAUCCACCUACAAAAUCCGCGUGGAUCCCUUAAACGCCGCAAUCACAUCCAUGCUAACAACCAAGCUGCGCCGCUAUUAUGGAAGCACAACCGCAAUCUGUUGCUGCACCGGCGCCAUCUGCUCAUAGUCCUGCAACAGAUCCUGCACGGAUUAUUUCGCCUGUUCACCCUACGCCGAAUCCUGUGACGCAUUAUCCGAAUGGCCUACCUAGGAGUAUAAAUGGCCUUAAGAGCAAUGCGACCAACGGAUCCGGUUCGGCUUCCCCAGUAACGGGGACCGGGACGGGAACGCCAGGUGCUACAACGCCCGCUCAUGUAACGGCGCGCUCUCCAACAGGAAUUGCUAGGACAAUAUCUCCAGCAACCACCACUUCGACAUCAACGUCGGUGCCAGCAUCAGCACCGGCACCUAUACUGCCGUCACUUCCACCUAUUGCAGCAGCUCCGUUAAAACCAAUGGUCAUAUAUACACCUUCAAUGUCGCAAUCACCUCAAACGGCAACUCAGCCGCGUCAACCUUUACAACGCCAAUCGUCCUCAGGCUCAUCUCAUAAGAUCUCUAUUGUGGAUCCUCCUGGUUCAUAUUCGCGAUCGAAGAGCAGUUCUCAUCCUUCCUCACAAGGAUUUCCUUCUCCUAGAAGAGAACACCAUCUCGAAAAUCCAAAGUUUCUUGACGACCAAUCACGACUUACACAUGCUAUGCAACAGUCUGUUCCCGCUGCUGUAAGAAGGGUUAUUCGCGACAAUUGGGAAAAAUGUCUACUAGGCUCGGAAUUUCACCAUGCAUUUCUUUUAAAUGCUGUUAUACAUCACUCAAACGGGGUUAUCAUUCGGCGAUCUAUUAAAGACUUCGGUGCUAAAAUGGUGGCUGAAUCGAAGCACGAGAUAAUCUCACAUCUUUCAACUUCCGACUUAGAUGAACUAGCUGAGGAUAUACUGGAAAAGUGUAGCGAUUAUUUCCUAGAUCAGGCGGUAGAGAGAAGACUAAGGACUAUUGACGCUCGUUCCCUGAUCAACGCUCUCGCCAGGGCCGAGCGACUCGGUUAUGAGAAUAGCGAUAUUAUUGAGGAGGACAGGAGCAAAACGUCUAAAUUCAAUCCAGCACCGACGUUCGACCCAUCACCCAACCCGAUCCAAAAUGAACCAUCCCAGAGGCUACAGCAUAGGCCAAGCUUGCCAUCCUUAUCGCAGAGUCGAGGCCCUCCUACGGUCUUACAAUGUCCAUUAUGCUGGCGUAAAUUCGAUAGCACGCAACCUUACGAAUAUCAUGUCCAAAAGCAAGUGUGUACUAAAGAGCCGCCGAAUCAACAGGGAUUUCCAUUUUCGUGCAAGUAUUGUGGCGCAGGAUUCAUCACUAAGGUCGGGCAACAAUAUCACCUUGCCAACCAUGUGUGUGGAGACCAUGGUACCAUGCCAGCAACUCCCAGAGGCCCUGCAAAUGCUGGAUCGCCCAUCACACUCUCCUCGGGUAACAACAGCCCCAUUCAACCCUCUUCGACCCUACCCCAUCCUCUAGGGACUCAGCACCAAUUUGCUGCUUUAAGCCAACAUGCUGCGACGCCAACUCAAGCUAGGAUCGCCCCAAUGGGAACUCCGAACUCCCACUCUAAGGAACAAGACCCCUAUUCACAUUUAAAUCCGAAUACGCUAGAGAGAUUGAAUGAAGAGCUUCGUCAGGCGGAAGCUACUUAUACUGCUCGCUUCAAAGAAGCGGAGGAAAUUCAGGACCCAGCCCAACGACAACUCAAACUUGAUGGUCUUCAAAACAGCUUCAGUACAAAACAAAGUAUUAUCCGGAAGAAAUAUGGCGUUCGUCUUCGGAAUCGACGUACCAGGGCCGAGAUCGAUAAUGAACGCCAGCGUAUGGGUUGGAAGCAUAACAGCCCAGGUCAACCAGAAGGUACCCCAAGCGCCAAACGUCAACGAACAGAUGAUGGUCCUCCCCAAAUAAAAACGGAAGUUCCCAGUAAUGUUAUCCCUAAUACUGUUCCUAGUGCUGCUUCUCUGCCUUCCCGGCCUCAGAGCAAUCAUCUAGCUGUAUCGGACAUGAACGCGGGCUUAGGUGGAUCGAGUGCAACGGCAGCUACUGCUGAUCCUACCCAUAAUCCUCUUAUUAGUACCUCCCCUCGGCAAAUUUCGCAACAGCAGAAUCCAAAGCAAGCUUCCCCACAACCACAAGAGCCAACUCAAAACAGUAUUUCAACCCUUCAAAAGAAAGGUUACCGCGUCUCCUCCCACCAUCCAGCAUCGAGUCGAGUCUCACCGGUAGACACUACGAUGGUGGAUUCUCCUCAUGUGAACAACUCGGCUUCGGCGCCCAUCGUAGUGAACGAUGAGGAAGACUCGACGGAUACUGACUCGGAUGAGGAGGGUAUUCCCGCGAGCUUGCCCCUUCCAGGCGUCAGUAAUACGCCAUCUAGGGGUAUGGCAGGAUAGCAACCUAGCCAACCAGCUCGCUAGGUUUUCGGAUCCGAUUGGAUGGAUUGCGGAAUGAAACGAGUUUAGAUGUCGACCCUGGCUAAUGGAUUGGGCAUGAGGAUAUCGAUAUUGAGACAUCGAUUUACAUCAGGAAAGAUUCCUCCGAGAUAAUGGAGAACUAAAUGUGUUUUUAGUAUGUGUAUGAGUGAGACGUUCUGCAUCUGUGUUGCAUGGCAUUUCUUUUUGGCGAGCUAGCCUUUUUUUUCCGGGUUAGAUUGUUGAGAUACCUCUUACGUGAUGCUUGUAAGGCAGGUAGUGUUGGAAGAAGGCCAUGGGUGUCUAAAACAGCAUGUAUUCUGGCGCAUACGUUUGCUUGUAGGAAAAUACCUAGGCUAGGUGUUAUGGUCUAAAAAAAGGAUAUGUUGUUUAUGAUAGCAAUUACAACUAAACUGAAUUCAUAAUUACGUGAA